UUUAGUUGAUAUUGAUGUGAGCAUAUGUCAGUUUGGCGGAAAAGAACUGCUUGUUCUACAUAUCAACAACAGCCGCAGCAGUAGUAACAGCAACUCACAGAAACAUGCCACAGAACAUACAUCAACACGAGAUAUAUGACCCAAACAAAAACUUCCAGUUUAUUUUUCUGGCUUCUGUUAUUACUAGUUAGCCUUUUGUUGUUUUAGAAUUACUUGUUUUUAUUUCUGAUUGUUUUUUUUUUAUAACGCGGAUGGAUUUUUGAUAAUAUCAUUACCUUGAACUAGGAGUACAUCUAUUGAGAAAAAUAGAAACAAAACUGAUCGUCAAAAAAGCUCAGAAACUCCACCCCGUAAUGAAAGGGUGGCGAGUUAUAUAUUAUUAAUAUAAACGAUAUUUAAAUCAUACAAGUAUAUGCGUAUAAUUAUAUAAGUAUAACGAAAUGCAAAGAGCUUGUGUUAGUGCGGAAAACAUGAGAAAACAGUGAGGACAAGAAAAUUUAGAAAGUAAAACGAACUAAUUUUUUUUUUCAAUAAAAAAAACUUGAUAAACAAACAAAACAAACGACAUUUUAUUUCAAUAUGUAUUUUUUCGUUGUUUCUUCUAGAGGACUAUGGCAUCUAGAAAUGACAAACAACAAAGUCAGUGUUUUAGACAACACCCGAAAUAACAACCCAUCACUAUCUUUUUAACGCAUACAUAUAUAUAUAUAUAUAUAUAUAUAUAUAUAUAUUUAUUCUUACGCACUUAUAUAUCAUAUAUGUUAUACAUGAAAGAUUCGGCUGGUCAUUAUGUAAACGGACGUGCUGAGGAACUAAAAACAGUAAAUAUGGUUCCACUGCAAAUAUUUGGAGUAGUGUUUGGCGUUAUUGGAGCUUUUCUAGUCGUUGCCAUAUUUUUACUGUGUCGUGCAGUCCGGCGGAAGAAAGGAGAAUUACUAAGUCCAUCUUACCGAGCUAUAGGAGAUUACAACCCAGCUAUGACCUCGUUAUCCAUCUCUUCUGGAUCGAAUCAGGAAUUACAGAUGACGAAAGAAGCUAAGACUGUUCAACCCCAUUCAUCGUCUACUUCGACAGUAUCCAGAGGUAGUACACGUAGCGACCAACAUCCAGAAGAAACCAGCAGCAUCAGUGCACGAAGUGAUACCAGUGUCGACAGCUCCGUAUUUGACGCAUCUUUUGGCUCCAUUCGACCGGAUCUUUACCCACGCAAAGAAACUAUCUUACAACAAUGCUCUCAACAGAAGUGUUACGGUCGACUUCACUUGCGUCUCAAGUAUGACUUUAGGACUUCUGACCUUGUUGUACACCUGAUUGAAGUCCAUGACCUCAUGUGCCCAGAUUCAACCUCCGGAUUUAGCGACCCUUAUAUCAAAUUGUUUCUUUACCCAGAAGUAGACGAAAGGCGUCGACAAUCAUCAGUCCAACGUCGGACUUUGAAUCCAUUUUUCAAUGAGUUUUUCAAAUUUCCAAUUCCUUACGAAGACUUACAAGACAAAUCUCUGAUAUUUCAAGUCUUUAACUACGACAAGUUUUCUCGACACAGCAUCCUGGGAGAAGUUAACGUUGACUUAAAUACUGUCGAAACUUCCAGUAGCGUCGAGAUCUGGAGUGAUAUACAGCGAUAUCAGCGGCAUGCUUGCACGAUGGGGGAAUUACUCAUUUCGCUGAGUUACCUUCCAACGGCGGAAAGGUUAACUGUUGUCAUCAUCAAAGCCAAAGACCUAAGAAUACUUGGACCAGCAGAAGAAUCAGACCCAUUUGUUAGAAUAUCAUUAAUUGUUGAUGGCAAGAAAAUUAAAAGAAAGAAAUCUUCAGUACAGAGAAGUACAUUGUCGCCAGUUUGGAACGAAGCGUUAACUUUCAAUGUUCCGGCCGAGAUUUUGCCAAAAGUGGCCCUUGAGUGUUGCGUGUGGGAUCAUGAUAUUAUAGGCCACGGUGAACUAAUUGGAAAGUGUACACUGGGACCAGAGAGGCAAGGAAGUGAACGCAAACAUUGGAUGGAACUGCUCAGCUGUCACAGAACAUCCACAGCCAUGUGGCAUAGCUUACACAAGUGACUAUUGACAGGUCCAGAGAAACUUAUUUCCUUUCUUUUUCUCUAUAUUGCAAAGAACAUUUCUAUAAAUAUUGUUGUGUUUAUAAUUAUUUUUCACUGUCAGUUUUCUAUGAUAAUUAUUUGCUUGAAAAGAAAAAAAAUCAUUAAUGUAGCCAAAAAUUGAGAUUCUCAACUAAAAACAAAACCAAAAAGAAAAACGGGAGAUUAAGUGAUUCACAGAGCGUGCGAAAGAGAGAGAGAAAGAUAGAGAGAAAGAGAGAGAGAAAGUGUGUGUGAGAGAGAGAGAGAGAGAGAGGAGUGUGUGUAGAAAAAGAAGAUAAUGCUGAAGGAGAGAAAUGCUAAACAAAACAAAAUGUCUGGAUGAAUUGCAAAGAUUUAUCAAGUGCAAUUUACUCCAAAAUAUAUUAAAUCUGUACAUAAUCAUUUUGCUUUACUUCGCCACCUAUAAUACAUACAUAUAUAAAUAUAUAUAAACAUUGUCUAAUAUUUUGCUUGAUAUUGUUGUCAAUAAUAUAUUUUACCAAACUGUUUAAAACCAAAAUUGCUUUACUGUUUUUU